AUGAAUCAACCAGCUAAAAGUUGUUACUUGAAAAGCAAUAAUAAGACGUUAAUGACAGUAUAUCUGCCAAAUCAAAAAACACUUAUCUUGGGCCGUUGUCCAGAAACAAAUAUUACAGAUACACAAUGUUCUAGGCAACAAGUACAAUUACAUGCAGAUUAUGAGGAUUACAAAGUCUUUAUCCAACAGAUUGGAAAAAGACCUUGUGGCUUUAAUGGCUUUAAAACACGCAAAGAUGUAAGAUUUAUUGGAAAACAUGAGGAUUGUUUAGAAUUUUUAUAUGGAAAGCAUACCUAUCAAAUUGAAUUUAACCCUUCACCUCCAAAAACCCUUCUAUCAGAGAAAAGAACUAGAGAUUCAGAGAUAUGUUGUAAACUUGAUGAAAGUUCUUCUAAAAUAGCAAAACUUGAGGUUGAUGAUACAGGUCCUAGUAAUCACAAAGAAGAAACUCAAGAAGAGAAACUACAAAAAACAAAGAAUGCUCAUGGUAUUUUGAAGUUUUUAGACAGGGAUAAAAUCAGUUCAGAUAACCUAGAAGAUAAAGAUAACACCGCGAUAGAUCUAGGUCAAAAGCAAGAUAUGUGGGAAAGUGAGGCGAAUGAAGCAUUAUUAAUAUAUACAACACAGGUUGUGAAGAGUUGUUCAAAGGUAGCAGCUUAUGAUAUGGAUGGAACUUUAAUAAAAACAAAAUCUGGUUUAGUGUUUCCAAAAGAUUAUAAUGAUUGGCAACUCACAUAUCCUGAUGUACCAAUGAAAUUAAAAGAACUUCAUAAUAAUGGCUAUAAAAUAGUAGUUUUCACUAAUCAAGCAUCAAUUGGUUCUGGAAGGAUAAAUGUUAAACUUUUUAAGCGUAAGCUUAAAAAUAUAAUACAAAAGAUAGGUGUUCCGAUACAGAUAUUUAUAGCUACUGGAAAUAGCAUCUACAGAAAGCCAGCAAUUGGCAUGUGGCAAAAACUGGAAGAAAAAAACGCUCCAACUCCCAUUGAUAAAGACAAUUCGUUUUAUGUCGGAGAUGCAGCUGGACGAACAAAAAAUUGGGCCCCUGGAAAAAAAAAAGAUCACUCAUUAGCUGAUCGAUUGCUAGCGUUGAAUUUAGGUUUAAAAUUUUAUACACCAGAAGAACAUUUUCGGGGACAUAAACAGGCCCCUUUUCAGUUGCCCGCAUUUAAUCCAAAAAAUUUACCGGAUGGCGAGAUAUGUUCAGGAACCAGUAUAACUUCAAGUGACCAAGAAGUUAUUUUAAUGGUUGGAUGUCCUGGUUCUGGAAAAUCACACUUUGUGAAGAAUUAUUUAAAUCAUUAUGAAUGUAUUAAUAGAGAUACACUUGGAAGCUGGAAAAAAUGUGUUAGCAUGAUGGAAAGAUAUAUAAGUGAAAAGAGAAGUGUAGUUGUAGACAAUACUAAUCCUGAUCCUGUAUCCAGACAGAGAUACAUCGAGAUUGCGAAAAAAUAUCGAGUACCUGUAAGGUGUUUUGUUAUGACCACAACUAUCGAUCAUGCAAAACAUAACAAUAAGUUUCGAGAAUUAACGGAUCCUAGUCACGUUAAAAUCAGCGAAUUGCUCAUCAACUUCAGUGUGUUAUUUUUAGGAAAAAUUAUCAACCGCCAAGCUUGCAUGAAGAUUUCUUAG